ACCCCACAAUUCGCCCCCCAGGGAUGCGCGGUUCGACCCCAUUGGACGUGGCGGCCGCCUCCGUCAUCGACAACAACGAGUUGGCGCUGGCACUGAAGGAGCAGGACCUGGAGAAGGUGGUGACGUACCUGGCGAGCUGCGGGCUGCAGAGCUGCCCCAUGCUGCUGGCCAAGGGCUACCCGGACAUCGGCUGGAACCCUUGCGGGGGGGAGCGCUACCUCGACUUCCUGCGCUUCGCCGUCUUCGUCAACGGUGAGAGCGUGGAGGAAAACGCCAACGUUGUGGUCCGGCUGCUGAUCCGACGCCCCGAGUGCUUCGGGCCGGCGCUGCGGGGGGAGGGGGGCAGCGGGCUGCUGGCCGCCAUCGAGGACGCCAUUAAGAUCAGCGAGGAUCCGGCCCGGGACGGCCCCACCGUCAAGAAAGGAGCGCAGGAGGGAGAUGUGCGUGAGGAGACCCACGAGGAGAACCGCGUCCACCUGGGGAACGCCAUCAUGUCCUUCUAUGCCGCCCUCAUCGACCUGCUGGGCCGCUGCGCCCCCGAAAUGCACCUGAUCCAAGCAGGGAAGGGCGAAGCGCUGCGGAUCCGCGCCAUCCUGCGCUCCCUGGUGCCGCUGGAUGACCUGGUGGGCGUCAUCAGCCUCCCCCUGCAGAUCCCGGCCUUUGGGAAAGACGGGAACGUGGUGCAGCCCCGCAUGGCCGCCAGCUUCGUGCCGGACCACAAGGCGCCCAUGGUGCUUUUCCUGGACCGCGUUUACGGGAUCGAGACGCAGCAGUUCCUGCUGCACGUGCUGGAGGUCGGCUUCCUGCCCGACAUGCGCGCGGCCGCCUCGCUCGACACGGCGGCCUUCAGCACGACGGAGAUGGCGCUGGCGCUCAACCGCUACCUGUGCGUGGCGGUGCUGCCGCUCAUCACCAAAUGCGCGCCGCUGUUUGCGGGCACGGAGCACCGCGCCAUCAUGGUGGACUCCAUGCUGCACACCAUCUACCGCCUGUCGCGCGGCCGCGCGCUCACCAAGGCGCAGCGCGACGCCAUCGAGGAGUGCCUGAUGGCCCUGUGCCGGUACAUCCGGCCCUCCAUGCUGCAGCACCUCCUGCGCCGCCUCGUCUUCGACGUCCCCAUCCUCAAUGAGUUCGCCAAGAUGCCGCUCAAGCUGCUGACCAAUCACUACGAGCGCUGCUGGAAGUAUUACUGCCUGCCCAGCGGUUGGCCCAACUAUGGGGUGAGCUCAGAGGAGGAGCUGCACCUCACCCGAAAGCUCUUCUGGGGCAUCUUUGAGUCCCUGGCGCACAAGCGCUUCGACCCCGAGCUGUACAAGCUGGCCAUGCCGUGCCUCUGCGCCAUCGCCGGCGCUCUGCCCCCCGACUACGUGGACGCCAGCUACUCCUCCAAGACCGAGAAGAAAGCGUCGGUGGACGCCGAGGGCAACUUCGACCCCAAACCCGUCGAGACCCUCAAUGUCAUCAUCCCAGAGAAGCUGGACGGCUUCAUCAACAAAUACGCCGAGUUCACUCACGAGAAAUGGGCCUUCGAGAAGAUCCAGAACAACUGGAGCUACGGCGAGACGGUGGACGAGGAGGCCAAGACGCACCCCAUGCUGCGGCCCUACAAGACCUUCUCCGAGAAGGACAAGGAAAUUUACCGCUGGCCCAUCAAGGAGUCUCUGAAGGCGAUGCUGGCGUGGGAGUGGAUGGUGGAAAAGGCGCGGGAGGGCGACGACGACAAGGCGGAGAAGAAGAAGACGCGCAAGAUCUCCCAGUCCGCCCAGGCCACCUACGACCCCAGCCAUGGCUACAACCCGCAGCCCAUCGACCUCUCGGGGGUGACGCUGUCCCGAGAGCUGCAGGCGAUGGCGGAGCAGCUGGCUGAGAAUUACCACAACACGUGGGGCCGCAAGAAGAAGCAGGAGCUGGAGGCCAAAGGGGGGGGCUCCCACCCCCUGCUGGUGCCGUACGACACGCUGACGGCCAAGGAGAAGGCGCGCGACCGCGAGAAGGCGCAGGAGCUGCUCAAGUUCCUGCAGCUCCAUGGCUACGCCGUCACCCGGGGGCUGAAGGACAUGGAGUUGGACACGUCCUCCAUCGAGAAGCGCUUCGCCUACGGCUUCCUGCAGCAGCUGCUGCGCUGGAUGGACGUCUCGCAGGAGUUCAUCGCACACCUGGAGGCUGUGGUGAGCAGCGGCCGCGUGGAGAAGUCGCCCCACGAGCAGGAGAUCAAAUUCUUUGCCAAGAUCCUGCUGCCCCUCAUCAACCAGUACUUCCACAACCACUGCCUCUACUUCCUCUCCACCCCCGCCAAAGUGCUGGGCAGCGGCGGCCACGCGUCCAACAAGGAGAAGGAGAUGAUCACCAGCCUGUUCUGCAAGCUGGCCGCGCUCGUCCGCCAUCGCGUCACCCUCUUUGGCACAGACGCUCCAGCUGUGGUCAACUGCCUCCACAUCCUGGCACGGUCACUGGAUGCCAGGUGAGAGGGGACGGCGGUGGCCUUUGUCACCCCAAUGUCACCCCAAUGUCACCUCAGUGUCACCUCAAUGUCACCUCAGUGUCACCCCAUGCUGAUGGCCUUGGCCACCCCAAUGCCACCCUGAUGCCACCCCGUGUUGGUGGCCAUCGCCACCCCCAAUGUCACCUCAGUGCCACCCCAGUGUCACCCCAAUGUCACCCCAGUGUCACCCCAAUGUCACCUCAGUGUCACCCCAAUGUCACCCCAAUGUCACCUCAGUGUCACCUCAGUGUCACCUCAGUGUCACCCCAGUGUCACCCCAAUGUCACCGCAAUGUCACUUCAGUGUCACCUCAGUGUCACCCCAAUGUCACCUCAAUGUCACCGCAAUGUCACCCCAGUGUCACCUCAAUGUCACCUCAGUGUCACCUCAGUGUCACCCCAAUGUCACCUCAAUGUCACCCCAAUGU